CGCCGGGCAUGCGCAAGCGACCUUGCGGUGCGCCGAUGGCAGUCCUGCACGCUGGCUUUCUCAACUAUAUCGUGCAGUGCUUGGCCUCGACCAAGGACGUUCUCUCGCUGCUGCAGGCGCUGCCAUGUGAUGCUCUCGACGAGGCGCUGACUGCGCUACGCACACUCGUGUCGACGCCGAGGGCCUUGCACGCGGGGCACUGGCCGCAGGUCUGCAUCGAAGACAUCGAUGGCUGCUACACGGCAACUGUGCUCGCCGCGCUGUCGGUCUUUGGCUCGGUUCGAAUGCAUCAUCUCUCUCGGCUCGACGAGGUGCUGCGCGCCACGAGCUCGGAACCCGGCGCGGAUGGGAGCGCAACCAUCGCGUUUGCCGCCAAGUGGGGCCACAAGAUCAAGAGCAUCCGACUGACUGCGUGGCGAGAGCACAACAUCAAUGUCCUCGUUCCAAUCCUUUGUCUCUGCACCGGUCUCGAUUACAUUAUUGUGCACGCAGCCGAAGCAGAUCCGCGCAUCCUCGAAGCCGUCGCCUGUACCACACCGUUCGUCACGCGCAUGUAUCUGACCUGUUUCGGCGGCAAAGUUGUCGCAUGCGAAAGCUGGUUGGCAUCCAUGACGACGUGGCUAGCCUCGGGUCGCGCGAGGGAGCUCGCACUCGUGGGCUUUGAAUCGGCCGACAGCAAAAUCUUGGCGCGGGCAAUUGUCGGCGCUGCAUCGCUCACGAGCCUCACGCUUCGCGAUGCCGAUAGCCUUGUCCAGGGCCUAGUGGACACAGCGACACCACUGCCCCACCUGACGGUGCUGUGUCUUGACAUGCAGCGUGACACGACCAGCUUGAAGUCGCUGCUAACGAAUUGCAUCGAGCUCUCGGCGCUCCGUGUGCUUGACGUGCGUGACUCGAGUACCAUGGACAAUACGUUCUUGCUGGCGCUACUGCCACGUCUUGUGGCGCUUGAAGAGCUUUCACUGUGGCACUGCCGCAUGGAAUGCGUCCAUUCCUUGACGUUGGCGCCGGCGCCGCGUCGGCUCCAAGCGCUGACAGUGUACAGGAGCUUCAUGGACGACACCUCGUGCUUGAGUCUUCUCGAUUGGGCCUCGCAGUCGCCGUGCCUCAAGACCAUCUCGCUCGACGCGGUCGCAACCGUGAGGUCGCAACCCGUGCACUUGGGUCGCUACGUGCGUCGAUGGAUCGCCGCCGGCGUUGAGCGCGUCACGAUCCCAAACACCUCCUUGGGCGUCGAGAGUGUGAUUGCGAUCGCCAUGGCGCUCUGUGACACGUAUCGGUCUUCGCGGUUUGUGCUCUAUAUUGGCGACGGCAGCAUCAUUAUGGCUUCCUACGCCGCGCUUGCAACGUGCUCUAACGUCACGCUCGAGGUGUUUGAGCCAGAGAGCUGCAAAAUGACCCAUUGA